GACUUCCUGGAGACAAUUCAGCGGCUACAGCUCCUCUAUGUUGGCGAUGAGCCCAAGUUUGAAGCGCUGGAACCCUGGGUACAGGAGGCCAACCGCCAGCUGGACUUGGUGCACAAAGUCGGCAAGGAUUUCGAGGAUGUGAUGGAAUACGUCAGAGACUCGAACAUGGAGGUGUACACGAUUGGCUUUGCCGACAGCAUCGAAUGGAGCGAAGAUGACCUGGGAGACCGCAAGACUGUCGAAAAGCAGCCGCAAGAUUCGCGGACCAUCGAGUACACCGACAAGCAUCAGGCCAGCGGUGUUGUGGUCCGGCUGUCCCAGUCGAGUAUGGCUCUGAUCGAUGGCAAGGUGGUGAACUUCGAUUUUUACAUCAAGUCUGUUUGUAAAACGGGCGAAGAGGAUGAGAACGAGGGAGAGGAUGCUUUGCUGGCACCCAUCUACGUGGGCGCCAUUUCCUCCAAGUAUGUGGGCGAGGAUAACCGGCUCACCGGUGACAGACGUGCCCAAGCUGCUGAGGGGUUCUUCGGCUGCGAUGAGUUUGGUCACCUCUACAUCAGUGGGCAUCGUAUAGAAGACAAGUUCGGCGGUUUCAAGAAGGGUAGCACUGUCGGUGUGGAGAUCGACUACUCCGACGAGGCUAAACGAGCGAUGUUCAUCGUUGUCGAUGGGUUUAGAGUGGGAGCGAUUCGAAGAGAAGUUGAUGAGGGAAUGGUACCAUGCAUCAUUUUGAACGGCAUGGGGCAGGUAGUUCGAGUCAAUGUCGGGCGACCACGACGUGGAAAGGGUCUUCUUGUCAAGCGGGAGGACACUAUCCAGGAGGAGUGGCAGUCACUGUACAAAGACCACGCUGAGCCAGACACCACUGUGCUGCACCUGGUGUACCAAGUUGGCAAGGACCAGUGGUUCACCCGAGUGAAGUCCGACGAAGCUGGCAAGGCCUUCAAGGAAGAUUGCAUCUACGAAGGUUGGAACUCGGCCUUCGCUGUGCAGUUGAAGGACGAGCAACUCGCCAAACUCGAGAAAAUCAAAGCCUUCUCAAGGCACUUUCAGGUUGAUUCUCGCCGCGUUAGCAUUUGGUGCAUCAACGUCACUCUGACUGGCAUGUUCAUUGACUCCGCCCAGAUCUGGCGGAGCCACCACCUCGCACAACAGAAGGCCUGGAUGUCGUUCUACACGGACAAGACGGGUCCGCACUAUCGUAAGGUGGCAUCAGACUGGAAAGAGGCACCUCGUGACGAAAACAACGACGAAGAGACGCAGCAGGUCAUCACUGAGCUUGAUGCAAAGUUCUGCCAUGGCGCCUUCAAGCUCUUCAUCUCCUUCAACGCGGAAGAUCCUCAAAACUUCUCGCCAGAGUAUGAUCGAGCGAUCACCAUCAGGCUGAAGCUGACACCCCAUCUGCCACUGCUAGGUCCCAAGAACCAGCUCAUAAAGCUCUUCCGACACUUUGGAGCUGUGGCUGAGCAAGGGGACGGGCAUUUGAUUCACUACAAGAAGGUGGAGCUGGUGGCCCUUCGGGUUCUACAGCUACUGAAAGCCUCGGACCGGCUUCGAAACAGCCUACUCUACGACUCAAACGCUGAGGAGGAUUCGGCUGCCUACACAGCGUUCCACGCGACUGUCGAGUUCUUGAAGUCCUUCUGCGAGUGCGAGCCGCACUAUCGCGGCCUCUUCGUCAAGAAAGAAGUGUUCGAGUUCUUGGUGUCCUGCAUUGCGCUGGCGGAGCAAGUCCCGGUUUCGCAGAUGCUCGUGUCUGUCUUCGCCAACAGCGACAUGCGAAUCAACAUGCAGUUUGUGGAAAAGCUGAUCCAGGCCGUGGAUGAGAACUUCUCAAAGAAUCAGCAGUCUUCGCUAAAUGCAUUGCUGGUCUUGAAGAGCAUCGUGACAACUUUUGCGGAGAACGUGGAGACCCGCGACAAUGGGAACAUCAUCAUGCGCCUCUUCAUGGACAACAACACGGAGAAGCGCAUCGAGAACCCGUACAUCCCGAUGGCCUUCGAGGCUUUCCGUGAUUCCGUCGAGUUCAUGCUUGCGGAUAACCAGCACAUGGCAGAGCACAUUGAGUUUCUCAAGAAGCAAGAAAAGGAGGAGAGCAGAGGCCGAGCCAAUGAGAUCACAGAGAGGAUCGGUCGGCAAAAGCCGGGCAAGAAGAACGAAGCGAAGCAAGAAGAGAACAGUCCCGCCGCUUCGGGGCUCAGCGCUUCACGGGAAGAUUCAUUGCAGGGCUCGGAGCAGUCCCAAAAGAGCGGCAAGCCAGGCACGUUUGGCGCUGCUGCUGCUGCUGCCACCACGGGCACCGGUGUUGAUGACAGUUUCGCAGACAUUGACAGCGCUGUUUCAGAGGACGAAGGCGAAGCAGAACAAGAGGCUGCAGCUACCUUCGGCACGCGGAAUGUCAUACGUUCAGACCUGCAAGAGCAUCAUCUCGACAGCGCCUUGCCCUCCACCGGCCCACCCAUUGGCCUCCAGUAUGUGCAGAAAGCACAGCUUGCCGCCAAUGCUCUUGUGGCCAAGCUACAGAAGGGAGAGGAUGCGAUGGACGAAGCCAAGCACUUCGUUCAGUACGGAAGCAGCAUCCCCGAUGGCUUGGUGGUGGGGUGCUUCGGCCUGAGGGCAAGAGGAAUCAAGUCCCAGCCAGACGUUCUGGCAUUUCUUCUCGCGCACAAAGGAAACCCCCAUGCAGAAGAUCCGAUGACCGAAGGACCCGCAAUCCACAGCGCUUGCUGGCACGGCUCCGUGGAGGUCGUGAAAGUUCUCCUCGAGUUCAAGGCGGACUUGGAGGCGAAGGAGCCUAAGAUGGAGACGCCUCCACUGAACACUGCUAUUGCGGCCGGAAAUGCGCCGGUGUGCCUGGAACUGCUGAAGCGCAACGCCGAUGUGCAGUGGAAGCAUCACGAUGGUGCAACAGCCCUACAUGUUGCCACAGCAUGGAUCGCAAGUUCUCACAAUUCAGAUCUACGCAUGCCUCCCACUGGCGAGGAGCCAAGAAAGGUAAUUGCCAUGAUGCUCCACAACGGUGUGGACCCCACCCAGACCGAGGGCAUGUCCAAGGGCACGCACCGGUCCGAAGGCAUGACGCCUCUGGAGUCUUUUCGCCGAGAGAUUGCGAGGUCUCCGUGGCGGACGCACGAGCAGAUAGGUCGCAAGUUCGAUGAAACGGCGAAGUCUAUCCAUUUGCUCCUCGAGCAGGCGGAGGAGGCCGUGAAACUGAAGCAGACUGGCAACAAGGCCCUGAAGGAGAAGCGCUACGAUGAUGCGCUGAAGGCGUGGAGGCAUGCCCGUGAAAUCUGGAAGAAGGCAGACGUCAGUGGUCACCAUGUUGCCGUUCUGUGGAGCAACGAAGCCAUAUGUUGCCGCCAAAUGGAAGACUUGGCGGCAGCCACUCACGCUGGCGAGGAAGGCUUGAAGCUGUAUGCGCUGCCGCAGAUCCGACAGAAGCUGCAGCACAGCUUGGAAGAGGCCAAGAAAGGGCCCAAGGAGAAAUCGCCGGAAGAGGAAAAGAAGCGAGAAGAACUCGCGCAACUGCACAAGGAGAAGAGACAAGAACAGAAGAAAGAAUGGAAAAACUUAACAGAAAAAGCAGUCGUUGCGGAAGGAGGUAUCUAUGGGCCGGAUGGAAGCGCUCAGAAAGACUAUGUCAUUCCAGGUCCUUUCAUCUGCCCGAUGAAAGAAGCCCAGGAAAUGGGCCUCGGACCGCCUCCGGAGCCAAAGCCAUGGUGGGAGAAGCGAGAUGCAGAUUCUGAUGAGGAACCUGAAAGGAGGGGAAUUGGUUAUUUGCCCGCUCAUCAUCCAAACUGGCUCGUGCUCGCAAACUUCUUUCCCACCUGUUUCCAGCUUGCGACGAUUGAGCUUGUCAUCCGCUGCUCUUCCUUCGGCUUCAACAAGACAGUUCUCAAGCAGUUCAGCAAGAGCGUCACGGAGUCCCAGCUUCGUAAGGAUGAUAUGGAGGAGGCUGAGGAAGGAGCCGUGGAGGCCGAUGCCAAUCAGCAGGAUGACGAUGGCACCGUUGCCAGACAGAAGUAUUUCCGCCACGUGAUCUUCUGGUUGCACAUGCAGGACAACAUGAUCAACAUUCCUCUGAUUGUUCAGGACGGCUUCAUCCGCAUGAUGUGCAUCCUUCUGAAACCCCAUGAGGUCGAGGAUGUGCUCCACAACCGCUUCACUGCCAAGCAGCGACGGCUGCGCAGCAACGCUGUCAAGCCCACGGACACCGUGUUGUUGCUAAUCAGAUGGUUCACGGAGUACUUCAAGAGAUUUCCAGAUCUUCAUCUUUUUGGCAACCGAAUAUCGCCGGUGGUGGAGGCAAUCGAUGAGCGUGUCACCUACGAGCUGUCGCCUUUCUUCGUGCGGGAUCACAUCUUCCUGCUCUUUACACAGGUACUGCAUGCCUACAACAUCCAAAGGACCUGGGGCAAGGACUGGUUCUCCAGCUCCGUGCGCGGAGGACAAGAAGAUCAGCCACCCACUAUCUCUGAGCCGAUCUUUGCGGACUUGGUGCGUCGGCAUGCGUUCGAGCUCGCCGAGAAGGAGGGCGAUGCAGCUGGUGCUCAGGCACACGGCGACGCAGAGGGAGAAGGCGAUGAUGAUCGAGCCAACAUGACAGACAUCAUCGGCGAGCUGUUUAAGGUACUGUUCAAGCAGCAGGAUUGGGCUGCUGAAGAUUGGGGCGUUGACCAGGAGCUGAUGCACAUCAUUCGGAUGAUCCUGUCUCUGGGCUUGUGCAAUGCGAGCGAAGUAGAAGCUGCAAAGCAUUGCCUACAGCGGCUUGGAGUGGGCAUGGAGCAGGAUUUCCAGAUAGUUGAACAGACUCGGGGCGAUCCCGACAUUGGAGAGCAGCAGGGGGCGGGAGCUGGAUUGGACGAGGAGUCUGAUGAGGAAGGCAACCCUCGAAACCGGUCGCGCGUCGUGGGCCUGCAUCGAGGCUUCGUUGGUCAAGAAGAUGAAAUGUACACUCCAGCGUUCCAGACCCUGAAGCCGCUGGAGGACUUUGGCGGCAGGCUACCUGACAUCAAACGUAAUCCGCAGUCGGACACCAGCAUCAAGCAGCAGGAGCGUCUCCAGGACUUUCUGUAUGAGCUGGUGGAGAUGCCAGACAUGGCGUUGGCGAAGUCGCUCCAUGUGGACGUCAAUCUCUGGCGCCGACAGCUGAUCCAGCACCCCACCUUCUUGCUCAGGGGAAGUGAUGAGCGGAUGUGGCACGUCGGUAAGGAGAUCGUACAGAGACUGCAAGGCUUGAGCUUCAAGCUGACCGCUGGGGAAAACCUGUUGCAGGAGUUUAGCUGCGAAGUCCAUGUACUUCGACCAGGCGAUGGCAACGUGGCUGGGUUGUCGCUGCAGAAAGACAAACGCAAGGGAAAUGACCAUCAAUGGAGGGGGCAUGGGACAGCUGGUGAAGGACUUGUCAACAAUCAAGUCUACUUCGAGGUCGAAGUCAACGGAAAGGACGUCGUCUUCUUGAAGAACAUGUCCAGCAAUCUAGGCCGAGUAAAGGUGAGAUUGCAGCUGCUGGGAUGCCAUACUGUGACGCUGCGCAGCCGCUGCCUUUUUGACACCGCCGAGUUCCAGCUCGCAGUCUCCAAUCCUCGGAUGGUUGCCCUGACUUCACCCAAGGCAUUCUCUCCGGAGGUCAUCAUGAGGGCAGCGAAGGUCGGUGCUCAGAGGCAAGCCGAGGCUUUGCGGCCUGUGGUGUCUGGCCAUGAGGAGGAUGCAGAAGAGGACGGUGGCAUCAAUGGAGUCCGAUACUACUGGUCAAGUGAAUCCUCUAGACGGAUUGGAAACCGGAGGGAAGAAGGCUUGCUUGAUGCACCAGACGAAUGCCGAGUCAGCAUGGCCAAGCGGGUGAUUCACGAGCUGAUGCCGAAAUUCACAGAGAAGGUCAUUGAUUUGGUGGAGGACCGGUGCUUCAAGUUUGAGAAGCAGUCAAAGGGUCUCGACGAGCGUCUCCUCCAGGCCACAAGGGAGCACGAGCAUGAUUUCAUCAUCGCCAUGCUCAAAAGAUCAGUGUCAUUUGUGAUGCUGGAUGUCUUUCUGGAGAAGCUCGAAGUGGAGAAUGCCGACUUACUGUAUGUUCAGUAUCCCGCCAUGGUCGAGGUUUACGAAAGCAUUCAGGAAGAUUCUGUGGACCACGACGAGCUGGACGACAUUCCCAGGAUCUUAAAACGGCGCAUUGACGACGGCAGUGUGGAUGAAGAAGGGGUCCGCGAGUUGAUUCCGGCAGAGGCAAGGCUUCUCCUCGUGCAGACGUGGAUCAUGCGCUUGUGUCAUGCAAUCCGAACCGUUGCUUUCCUCGGGAUUCAGCGGAUGGAUAUCCUCAGCGCUACGGAUGGUGUGGAGGACGAGCAGGACGUGGAGAAGGAGGACGACUUGGGGCUGAACGGUGAAGGUGGUUCCGCAGAGCUUACAAUGUGGUCCUCUUGCCGAGCUGUGCUCAACAUUCUCCAGGAGCUGCUGAGCCGAAACGACGAGAUAGAAGAGCUGUGGGCAAGGUCCGUGGCAUCAAGUUCACAGUGCAUCGUGAACAGUCCAAAUGGGAAGAUGAACCUCACUUUUCUGACGGAGAAGGCGACUUUCUUCUGCCCAUUCAGCUACCAACAAGCCACCUCUGCCUCCGCGGGUACAAGCUCUCUCGGGAAGCUCCAGAGCUUCUUCGAAGAGGCGCAGGUGCCGGAAGUGGACCCGCUGAUGCUGGUGUCGGUGCUGCUCUACCAUCCACAGGCAUUGAUGCGUCUGGACGCAUUCAAACUUGGCUGCCGGAUUUUGCGAGAUCCCAACGAGGUCUUGCAGGAGGCGUACAAAUCCCAUACCAGCGACGAGAUGCAUUUGCAAAAGGCUGUCGGAUUUCAGUUCUGUGUCUUCGAGGAUCUCUACAAGCGCGAUACAUACACCGAAAACCACAUCGACAUGAUGGCAGCAAUGCUCAAGCUCAUUCAGCAGCUGUGUGAGGGCCAUCUGCAAGCCCUUCAAGAGUUCCUGGGUGCUGAUUACACAGUGGAGGAGCUGGACAUAUUCUCAGCAAAAACUCUUCCGGGCGGAGAAGAUGAAGAGGAGAACAAGGCAGAAGGUCGCCGACACGAACAAGAGUUGGAGAAGAAGAGCGAACAGCCGACCAACAUCGUGCAGUGGAUCUCCCGGAUGAUCCACAUGAUCUUGGAGAGCAUGCAGGAGGCCACCAUGAACGGGCGGGAGAAGCAAUAUGUCCUUGUGCAGCAGCUGUUCGACACAGCAGCAGAGCUGAUUCAAGGACCGAACCUGGAAAACCAAGCCACGCUGGUGGAGAACGGUAUUUGUGCUGACAUCAAUCUGCUCUGGCGCAUUCUCAGAGCGGAUGAAGGCACGUUCCGGGGCCUGAUCCAGGACAACGAAGAGCUGUUCGAUGCAUGGAUGGAUCUGCUGAGAGUCAUGCGGGCAGCGGAGAUCGCUGCAUUGAAGUUUGCCAUGUCGCUACUGGAGGAGAUCCAGCUCUCCGAGGAUGACAACGACUUUGCGGAGCAGCAAGAACAGGUUAUGGCUUUGGCGCACCAUUGCGCAAUCUGCCAGCUCUCCUGGGUCGGCCCAGCUGAGUCCUGGCAAACACACGAGACUGGAAAGACACACCGCAAGCGACUUCUAAAUCCACGAGCCCCUCGAAGUGACGACACUCAGGCAUGUGGGCCGCAAUGGUCGCGACUGUCCCCGCCAACAGGAUCCAGAAAUCCGACGCAGUCUUCCGCCAUUCAAUUCUGGCCCUGGCCGGGUGACGACUCAACCUUCAACAAGCUCGCUGAGAGGUUCGUCACUCAUCUCUGCCAGAGGUCGACAAGGCAGGUUGAUGAGGCCGCUGAUGCGGUGACUGAGACGACUUCUGAGAUUCCCCUUGCGGUGCUCCGGGCACAGAAGGCACGAGAAGUCCAAGACCAGAUGCGCCGAUGCCAACAAGAGCCUGACGACUUUGAAGACAUCGAAGCUUUGUGGGGGUAUGCCAAAGAGAAGUUCGCCCUGCGUUCGGCCAUGGCAUUCAAUGCCAUCACAAAGUUUGCCCCGCCUACACUGAGAGCAAAGCUGGCUGGGCCUCUGCGUGUAGCCGCGUUUGGCGGGGGACCUGCCGCAGAAGUUUUUGCCGCCGUGGUUGCGAGAGAUCUAGCAGAUGGCACCAGCGCCAAACUUGCGGUUUACGAAUGGGUAGAGACGUGGCGCCCAAUUGUGGAAGUCGUUUCCAAGCUCAUCGGCGAAGACAUUGAGUAUCAUCAUUGCGAUGUCUCCAAGUCCUUAUUCGACGACGAGAAUAGACACCUGCAGCCCGCCGACCUGCAGUACGACUUGUUGAUCUUCUCGCAUGUUCUCUUGGAGUGUGGGCGAGGAGACGGAGAAGCGCCGCUGCAGUUCUUGCGAGAUCUCUGGGAAUGCUGUGAUGGCACUGUUUUGGUGCUGGAUGCCGGGCAAGCGCGGGGCCGCGGCUGUCGCUCACGUCCCCUGGCGGGAUCACUGCGACAAGUCCAGAUUCUCGCGAGCGACAUUGACGCAGAACUCAUUCGCAUCAACGGUGCCAGUAGAACAGAUGGAGUUUUUCUUUGUCGAGGCAAACCAACACAGAGCGUUGCUGAAAAAAGCUCGCGUGCUGCCCAUCUUCUGCACACUGCUGCGGGGGGUGAGCUCGCCCCAAGAGUUCUUUGCUGGAAAGUCAUCACGCACUGGAACCUAAGCUCAGAGGCAGCAGAUCCGCAGUUUGAAGUGGGUGUGACCGAAGAGGACGAUGAGGCUGAGGCGGACGACCAAGAGACCGACGAAAAGAUCAUUCGUCCAAAGCGGGAGAAGGCCUGCCUGACCUACACGCUUGAUGAGCAGUACGAGGACUGCUUGAAAAUAUGUGGCCUGUGCUAUUCUCUGUUCCAUGCAGUGUUCUCAGCACCUGAGACUAGGACACAGUUGUUCAAGGACGUGAAGAUAGAGCAGCCAGCCGACAUGCCAGUCUACACCAAACCGGAGUGGGCCACGGCUAAAACCAAGAUCUUUGAUAGGUUCCUGGAGAAGGUCCAGAAGAUGCUCGGAGAGAAAUACCUGCACUUCCUUUUCGGGCAGGUGGAAAUCGUGCGCGGGUCUCGACUUCAGCGUGUCUACUUCCUGGUGCCGAAGGCGAUCCGAGUUUUGAAAAACCACUCCCUGGUGCACAAGUGGCAAGAGGAAUGCCUUGUGAACGUGAAGCGCACAUCACCUGAGGCACAGAUCGACGACUUUGCUGAUUUAGUGAACGGAGAGUACAUCUCCUUCGUUCAGAAGCAGUUCGACCUCUUGGGAAAGCCAUGGCCUUUCAACAGAGCGGGAGAAGUCAUCGCGCUUUGCAUCAAUUCCACGAUGCUCACAACUGCCAUCAUCAACAGCAUCCUGGUCUUCGUGUACACAAGCUCAUAUUCUGAACAUUCUAUUCUGGAACAAGACAUCCACUAUCCGAACCAACUGUCGGUGUACAUCCUGACGUUCUUUGCUGGAAUCCACUUCAGUCUCUCACUGCUCUGGCUUGGAUUCUACGUGCUUUCCUACAGCGGCUGGAUCAUCGAGACCAAGGUAGACAAGUGGCGCGAAGAGAAUCCACAACUGCAGAGCCAGCUGUCACUCACUUAG